AUGAAAAAUAUCCAAGAGAAAAAAUGGAUUAUGAACCCCUUUCAGUCUGACAUAACGAGUGGGAUAUCGACAAAAGCUGAGGAAGAACUUUUUGAUUUAUCUGAGGACGCUUCGUUAAAAAUGAACUUUAACAGCAGAAAACUGAUACAGUUCUGGGUGUCUGUUCGAAAACCGUACCCAAUCCUUUCCACUGAAGCUUUGAAGGUACUUCUCCCCUUCUCAUCUUCAUAUCAUUGUGAAGUUGGAUUUUCAGCAAUGGUAGGAAUCAAAAACAAAUUCCGAAAUAAACUUCAAUUGUCAAAUUCCUUACGCCUGAAACUAACCCACAUUGAUGUUGAUGUCAAUGCCAUUCUUGACAGUAACAAGAAACAAGCACAUCCUUCACACACGCCUCAUUAUUAA